UUGGACCGUCCCUGCAGUCGUUACUAGGGGCGUGGAGCCACGCAAACUGAGUGGGAAACACAUUUUAGAGCCUCAGCAGCGCAUGAACCUAACGUUGAAGAGAGACGAUGAUAAGGGAAUACAGAUGUCCGUGUAAAAUACCUGCCGGGGAGAUUACAGGAAAGCUAAAGGCAUCCCGUGGACUGAAUCGAGCUGUGUGUUAGUUUACCUACAGCCUCAGCGUCCAGUAGCUACGGAGAACAAACGGUUGGGAGCAAGAAUUGAGGUCUCCAAAUAUAGAGGGAUGCGGGGACUUGUCAUCAGAUAAAUACAUCACAUUCGUCAUUUUUUUGCUCCCUUGUCAGUAUGGGGUAUGUGCUUAAUUAGUAAAGCCCGGACUGAAGCUUGGUUUGCUGGUGUGUUGGUGUAGCUCUCGUGUGUGAAAAUGGGCAUAAUAAUGAGAUAGGGCGUCCAGAAAGUCCACCGUCUGCUUCUUCUUGCCGUGGACAGUUGGCUAACGUUAGCGAGGCUUUUCUAACUGCGGAUCUGACUGGUUCGGUUCGGACCGCUGUGUGAGGUGUAAUCUGGCUGCUGUAGUCGUCUUUCCUGAACAAGCUUUUGAAUCUGAUAAAAUCUCGCCUGUGUCAUCCAUCCGAGCGCUGUUUAGGGCCUCUGCUGACAAACUGCGUCACCGGGUGGGCACUGCAGGUAUUCAUCUGCAAAAAAAGAAAAUCUGCAUUUGGAAAUUGAAGCCAUGCCUGGGAGAACCUGGAAACAAAAGUGACUGAACUUUUUAAGUCACCAUGGAGCCAGAAACUAACGUAGACUCUGGGACUGUCCAAGAGCCCAAUCCCUCAUCUGUACCAAAUUCUCAGUGUAAUCUGGCCAUAAAUAUACAUGGGCCCAGGGGUGAUGGAAAUGUGAAUCUUGUGGACUCUCUGGUGAGAGGUGGAAGUGAUCCUUCUUCUGUUCAUCAGAGGAAUGUACGUCAGAGAUUCAUCAGGAGAAGUUUGUGGUUUUCAGACACAGAUGAGCAAUCCUACGAGGCCCCUGAAACUGAAAACAGGAGUAAAAUUCUGAACAUAAACUUGAGAUCGAUGGUAGACGGGACACGAGGGACCAGCUGCGGGGUUCAGGAGAGCUCCAGCACUGAAAGCCAGCGUGGGCAAAAAGACAGCGCCACAGAGAGCACCAGUGCAGACGAGGACAAGGAGAGAGUUGGACAUGCUUUGAAUGUUAUUUGUAGUGAAGGUGGUAAAGUUGCUACUAAGGCAGCGAGUGAGGAAAAUGAAGAGGAAGCAGAGAUGAAAGCGGUCUCUACAUCUCCAGGAGGAAGAUUCCUCAAAUUUGACAUCGAGCUCGGGCAAGGGUCUUUCAAAACGGUCUACAAAGGCCUGGAUAGUGAAACAUGGGUGGAGGUGGCCUGGUGUGAGCUGCAGGACCGUAAGCUGUCAAAAAUGGAACGUCAGCGCUUUAAAGAGGAGGCAGAGAUGCUGAAAGGCCUUCAGCAUCCCAACAUUGUCCGUUUCUAUGACUUUUGGGAAUCUCCUCUCAAGGGAAAGAAGUGCAUUGUUUUAGUGACAGAACUCAUGACUUCAGGAACGCUAAAAACUUACCUAAAGCGUUUCAAGGUAAUGAAACCCAAAGUCCUGAGAAGCUGGUGCAGACAGAUCCUGAAAGGCCUUCACUUUCUUCAUACCAGGACGCCGCCAAUCAUCCACAGAGAUCUCAAGUGUGACAACAUCUUUAUUACUGGACCUACAGGAUCAGUGAAGAUAGGGGAUUUAGGACUGGCAACACUUAAAGCUGCCUCCUUUGCAAAGAGCGUCAUAGGUACUCCAGAGUUUAUGGCCCCAGAGAUGUAUGAGGAGCACUAUGACGAGGCAGUAGAUGUGUACGCCUUUGGCAUGUGCAUGCUGGAGAUGGCCACCUCGGAAUAUCCCUACUCCGAGUGUCAAAAUGCUGCUCAGAUUUAUCGCAAAGUUACUAGUGGUGUAAAGCCGGCAAGCUACAACAAGGUCAUGGAUCCAGAAAUCAAGGAGAUCAUCGGCGAGUGUAUAUGCCAAAAGAAAGAGGAGCGGUAUACCAUUAAGGAUCUGUUGAAUCAUGCUUUCUUUGCCGAGGACACAGGUGUGAGGGUGGAGCUCGCAGAGGAGGAUGAUGGGGAAAAAACCACCAUAGCUCUCAAACUGUGGGUGGAGGACCAUAAGAAGUUAAAAGGAAAGUACAAAGAGAGUGGAGCCAUUGAGUUCACAUUUGACUUGGAGAAGGAGGUCCCUGAGGUUGUGGCGCAAGAAAUGGUGGAGUCUGGCUUCUUCCAUGAGAGCGACGCUAAAACUGUGGGAAAGUCAAUAAGAGACCGCGUGGCCCUGAUAAAAUGGAGAAGAGGGAGGACGGCAUCUAUUGUAGCUCCAGUGGAUCAGGGUGACAGAGGGCAGAGGAUUAACAUGACAUCAUCUGACGGCAUCUCUGGUGCAGUACCACAUGUUGUACAGCCUCUUGUGGUAGAACCUGAAGACACAGAUGCAGACCAGCACAGCAGGCUACACACCCUGCCAACCAGUACCACUUCCGUGACAUCAGCAGACGGCACACUUGACAGUGGCAUGGGGUCUACUGUGUACUCAGACUCCCACAGCAGCCAGCAAAGUGUCCUCUACCAAUCCCUGCUGGAGCCUAUUACUAUGGCAACACAGCAGCGCCAGAAAAUCUGCCAUUUUCUGACAGGCCAACCUCAUUCCUCUGAAAUCGGUGACGUUUGGCAGGCACCACUGAGUCCACAGCUCAGGGCUCGACUGGGAAGUGCAGAACGAAGGGGAAGUGCCCCUGUUAUCGACAUUCAAAGGGCAAGCCAAAUAGCUCAACUCCAUGCUUUCAUUCAGGCCCAGAGAUCAGUCAGUCCCAUCCCCAUUGUAAGGGAGAACAUGAUGGAGCUCAGCCCCAGGGAAACCCAUCCUCAACCUGUCUCUGAAGUUGAGGAAAGGCUUCCCUCCCCAACCACUCUGCCAAUGUUUCUUCUCUCCCCUCUUUCUUCACCUACCGAGCUCCGCCGCCUUAGUGAUGCUGGUAUCAUAUCACCAACAACCAGCGAAGGUUUGGCUGUCCCAGUGCAAAGUCCACGCCGACACUCUGACCUCAGUAGUCUUUUUAGUCUAACCUCAAAUGAAAACCAUCUUUCUGGACUGCAUAAGAACUCAGAGUGUCAAGCCUGCCUUUCUUUGCUUCUGUCAAAGUCCCAAAGUGGGAGCCACCAUUCCUCUAAUGUCAUAUCACCAACACAUCACUGUCUAUCUGACAUGCGCCAGCAUCCUUUAUCCAGCGGAAAAUUACAUGCCUCUGGUUACGGACAGCCAAAAGGAUCAUGUGAUUAUUCAAAUUUCUCCAUGCUACAGCAGUCCCUGAUUAAUAUAAUCAGUCGGAAAUCAAUUCCUACUGUUGUCGUGCCACCCCAAACCUUCCCACUGCAGUCCUCUGCAGCCCAGAGGCCAUCCCACAGCGAUGGAGAAUGUACCCCAACGAGCCCUCCACAGAGCAACAGUUUGCUUCAGGAUCAUGAAUCUCUCCAGCACUACAAGGAGAAAAAUUUUUCCAGCGAACAACAGACAAUCACUGCUGUGGAAGUGGCCAGUUCUACAAGUCACCAGCAUCAGCCGUCUGUCCAUGGCUUGCCCUUAUCCAGUACAACCAUGUCCGUACCACAGCAGCCCGUUCCGCCUGGACACAGCUACCCUGCAGCACUAUAUGCUGGUCUCCCAAGUGGUGCUACACCAAUCCCAACCAGUCUAGGCUCCUUAAAUAUCCAGCAACAAGCAACAGUUGCAGUGAGUAAUGCAGCAUCGGCUGUGCCGCAACAUUUAGCAAAGAGUUUUCAGGCUACAGUACAACAAAAUCAGCCGGCAGCAUCAGGCUCUCCAACCUUUACCCUCCAAGUCCAGCAGGUUUCUCAGAACCUUGUUUCCUCAAAUCAGCAACAGAUACAGUCUGCAUCAAGCUAUCCUGCAGUUCAGCAUCAGAAUACAGCAGCCAUAUUUGCAGCACAACAGCCAACACAAAGCUGCCCUCUUGGCAAAAUUUCCUCAGCGAUGGCAGCAACGACCCACUGUCAGUCUGCACACGCCACUAGCACACCUCAGCAGGCCCAAGCCUCGGGCAGUCAGCAGCCUGGCCAGUUAUCUUCCACACCAGUACUUUACAAUCAGAUCAUUUCUAUUCAACAAGACCUCCGACAUGCCUUGCUGCAGAAUACCCAGUCAAACAUAAAACACACACUAAAUGCUGGACAAGUUUACAAUUAUAGCCAAGAAUCUGUGCAUACCAUUAACCAUCCUGCGGCACAGCCACCCACGCUUUCUUCUCAAAGACUUCAGUGUCCUACUCACCAAGUGGACACUCCAACUCUUCUGCAAAAUGCAGUUCCAGAACAGAACGAGUCCCAGUCUCAACCUCAUCCCAAAGGAACCCCAGUUCGACAGAUUUCAGCUGGAAAUCAAAGUUACUUUGCGUCAGCUGUGCCUGAUUCUUCCUCUCGCAGCUAUGCACAUCCUGCCAUCCUGCAGGCCGCGCCAGGUCAGACCCAGUACCAGCUAGCACAGUGCGUCACUGUGGAAGGAGUUAAUCAGGCAGCAUCUCUUCAGACCUUUCCAGUUUCCUCCCAGCAAAGCCACAGUGCACACAUCAACCAGCAGAGUGUUUCAGCUGAUCAGAGCAUUUCACAGUCUGGACGAGAUGAAACGAGCCAUGAAUUGGAUCUCAGCCAAUCAGUUUCCAUUGCACUAAAUCAGACACCUGUUCAUCAGAACUCGAUUCCUCAGACUGCUGUCCACCAACAGCUACAACCUCUGCAGAUCUCAGCCUCUCUCCCAUCAUCACAAACAUCCCAGUUUCCUUCACAAUAUCCCACAGUCCAGGUGAUGACAGCUGUGACUGACCCUGAGUCUGCCUACCUUCCCCCCUGCACUGCUCCUCACCCUUCAUCCUCCUCUUCCAUUACUCACAUCUUCCUUUCUCCUGGAUUUACUGUCCCUGUAACCCCCUCCAUCUCUCCUCUUUCCCCUCUGCACAUUGAACACAGAUUAGUUUCACCCACCCCAGUGUCUCUUACUGUACCAUCCCCCUCAUCUGUGUUGGGUAUGGUGCAACCUACCUCACCACAACACCAACCCACAGCUGCUAGAUCUGAGGCUUCUCAGAUGCAGUCUUCAUUUAUAUCAGCACUAACUAGCCACCCCAUGCACACAAACACUGCUCCAUGCCAGAACACACACCUUCCUUCAAAUGGCAGCUGUCAGCAUCUGAUACAGGUUCCUCAGCAGACUCAGGAAGGCCCCAAUCCACAGCAGGUUCAGCAUGCUCAGCUCAUUCAGCCUGCAGUGUUCUCCUCACCUGUGCAGAAAGAGGCGGAUCUGGACACAGCCACUGCGGCUAACCAACUGGACAGCACAAUGUCCUGCCAGCUGCCCCCACAGAGCCAACUUCAGAGUCGGGUACAAGGCCAAAUUCCUGUGCUGCAGUCUUCUGACUCACAGAAGGCAUUCUCUGGGCCCGUCACUGGUUCUGCUUCCCAGCAGAAAAUCCCAGGCACGGUCACUGGAGUGGCAGGUCAAGGGUCGUCAGAUAUUUAUGUGGAGGAGCAGGCUGCAGAAAAACGCACUGGAGGACAGAGCUGUGACAGUAUCAACUCUGAUGUGACAUCGGGAAGAGAGAUGAGCGAUGGAAACGAAGGGACACAUGGAGGCAGAGGUGAAGGGAAACAGCGUAGACACCGCAAGUCCUCGCGCACCCGUUCCCGUCAAGAAAAAUGUGGCAAACCAAAGCUCAGCAUGCUCAAUGUGUGUAACACAGGGGAUAAGAUGGUAGAGUGCCAACUAGAAACUCAUAAUCAUAAAAUGGUAACUUUCAAGUUUGACCUGGAUGGAGAUGCACCAGAGGAGAUUGCUACAUACAUGGUGGAAAAUGAUUUUAUACUGCCCCUGGAAAAAGAGAUGUUCAUUGACCAGCUGAAAGACAUUGUAGAUAAGGCUGAAGACAUGCUGAGUGAGGAAACAGAGGGUGAGAGGAACUCUGACCAGGGAUAUAACUCCAAACAAACUGAAGGAAUGAGUGCCCUGGGAACAGAGGCUUCAGAACCCACCACUCCACAGCUGGUCUAUCAACAAAACGUCCUGCACACUGGAAAGCGCUGGUUUAUUAUCUGCCCUGUGGAUGAAACACUCAUACAAGACAAAGACAGCACUUCAACACACACCUUUACAGCACAGGAGUAUGAAACGCCUGGCUCAUUCUCAGCCGGGUCCAGCAGCACCACGGCUACUUUGGCAACCCCAGUCACAUCUUUACCUUCCCAAAGCCCUACCUCCUCCAUUGCACCCACCUUAGUGCAACAUUCAGACCAAAUUAUUGGUGAAUCCCAGGUCCAGCAGAGCCAGCCCAUUGUUGCCAAACAUACCCUCCCAACUGGGAGCAUCAACCAUGACAACUCCUUUCCUGUGGAAGAACCUUCACUCUCUGCUGUGUCGAUAGUAGCAGAUAUGCCAUGUUGCGCUAUUGUGCCAGCCGUCUCUGUGGAUGCUAAUAAAGAUGCCGAUAAAGAAGCAAGAGCCGGUGUUUUGAUCUCAUCGCUAAAUAAUCAGCCAAAUCAGACGGCCAGUCCUACUGAAGGACAACCUCCUCCGCCGGCUUGCAAACAGCCGGUGGUCCUGCAGCAACCUUAUGCCAUGCCUAUCCAGCCUGGGACAGUGACCUCUCAGCCCCAAAGUCCUGCACAUCAGAACCUGCAGUCUUCAAGUCAGCAGCAAUGUGGCGGGCAAGGGGAGUCGGAUGGAGAGGGGCCUCCUAGGGGGGAGUUUGUUGACCGGACCAUCAAGACUUUGGAUGAAAAGCUCAGAAACCUGUUAUACCAGGAGCACCCCCCCUCACAGCCUUCAAGCACGACCUCUGAGCCCCAGUCCUCCAGCACAGAUAGACUGAGCUCCUCUACAGUCUCAGAAGGGCACAGCACAGAGCCCCUCACAAAGAAGAAGGUGGAACCAAUGCCACAGAUUCCUGAGCGGACAGAUUGUGUGGGUGAGUCAAACAACUCUGCAGCGGCAGCCCCCAGCAGAACAAAAGACACAAGAACAGAAGUGUCUGCAACCUCCAGUUCAUACAAGCCAAAAAGCCGUUUUCAAAUCAUCCCCACGCCACCUGAUGCCAUUUGCUGUCCAGAUAAAGGCAAAACAAGCUGCAGCUCUGUAGCACCCUCUAGUGGUUCUGAAGGGUCCUGCAGCCAGACUCAGGUCACUGACAGGAAAGACGGCAGCCAUGGGGCAGCGUACAGGACCUCUGUGACACCUCCACCUGAUAAUGAAAGCGCAGGAUCAUCCAAACCCCAUCAGGGAAGUCGUUAUUCUGCCCCUCCAAACUUCUGUCGUGCCACUCCCACUUCCAGCCCCGAUGCCACCCCACGUCACAUCCCCCGAGCCCAAACUAUUGACACACCAACCAAUCACCACUGUCGGCCCUCAUCUCAGCUUUACUCCGACUCAGCUGAUGAAGACAGCAGCAGCAUGGCUUUUCCUCCAUCUCAGGCUGCUCCGCCAGCUCAGACUCUGACUGAGCAUAGCGGAAGUGACCUCGUUAAGAGGGCAGUCGCCUUCUUGCGGCGCUCCGGACGAAGCAAAAGUGAGCAGAGCUCUGAAUCACCAAGCUGCCAGCUUGUUGCGAUGAAUGGCCACACUCCUUCACCUUCUGUUGGACAUUUCCCCCCUACCAUCAGCAGCGACAAUGACUCCGAGUUCGAGGAUGCAGAUAUGAAGAAAGAACUUCAGAAACUCAGAGAAAAACACAUGAAGGAGAUCUCUGAGCUGCAGGCGUUCCAGAGGAGUGAGAUUGAACGUCUGUACAAAGAGCUGGGAAAGACUGUACCCCCCAAAGUUGGCCUGCUUCAUGCUGUUCCUCCAACUGGCCGAAGGCGCAAAACCAGCAAACACAAACUAAAAGCUGGAAAACUGCUCAAUCCGAUGGUGCAGCAUCUCAGAAACAAUCCUAACAGCAACAGUGUGGAGAGGAAAGGAGAAAGUACUGCCAGUUCAUCCAGCUCCCCAGCUAAAAGUUCAGUUCUAUCAGAUGGGUCUGCCCACUCCAGUUGCAGCUCCACCUCCAACAGUACACCUAGUAGAGUCCAAGAGCAGGUUCACACACAGCAACCCUGUUCUCUGAAAGGCUCUUUCUCCUCAGACAACAUCUACGCUGGAAGACAUGGUGGUGGGAUGGCCAACCAACCUGGUCCUGGCCAAGGCUGGACGGUUUACCACCAAACGUCAGAGAGAGUCACCUAUAAAUCUAGUAGCAAACCACGCACUAGAUUCCUCAGUGGACCUGUGUCUCUGUCCAUCUGGUCCACUCUGAAACGACUAUGUCUAGGCAAAGAGCGCAGUAGUAGGUCCUCUCUCAACGCCACCACGGCACAGACGGCCUCGAGUCAAAUGCAGCCAUCACUCACCGCAGCAACACAGUCGACCUCUCCUCUGCCAUUCCCAAGGCUCGCUCAGGUCCAGACCAACAACAGCAACAACAAGAGAGGCACUUUUACCGAGGAUCUUCACAAACUGGUUGACGACUGGACGAAGGAGACUCUAGCGGCAGCCAAUCAGCCACCAACCUCCCUGAGCAGGAUGAAACGGCAGACACGCCAGCGGGGCACAGACUGGAGACCUGCACAGAUGGGUGCAGUUGCAUGUGAGAUGAAAUGCCACGUUGUUCCCAACAACAUGCGGCUACCUCUCUCAUGCCCAAAGACUGCCGCUUUAGGCCCUAGUGUGCCUGCAAAUCUAGCACCAAACUCUUCCACAGUGCAUCCUCCUGGCUACCUUGUGCAAUCGGGCUCCUAUGGUGGGAUGGCUCCCGCUCCACUUUGUUCGCAGCAGUGGCCCGGCAUGCCUAGUCCUGUUGCGUCUGUGGUUCCUGCAGGAUUGCUUGGUGCUCCAAGAGCGAUUCACUACGCCACAAUGUCAAACCCAGGGAUCCAAGCCUACCCCUAUGUCAUGCACAACCCUGAGAAUGGGCCCUCCCCAAAAACCACUAGGACUACCUGAUCCGGUAAAAUAUUGUCAGUGUAAUAUCGGUGUGUGUCCAGGACAGACCGAUUUUGCUCUGCUUUGUCUACCAGAGCCACACAUGUACAUAGUUGUUUCCUGUAAAUAAUAUCCUAAAGUGUUGCUAUUCUUUCUACAAUGCGUGUAUGUGUCGUAAAUCGCGUAUUUGUUUGUGUGUAUAUUAUACGGUAUGUGUUAUGUCUGAAUGCCUACAGCUUUUUGGUUUUGUUCUUAGCUUAACUCAGCCAUACAAGACAUUUUAUCUGCACUCACAAUAACCAAUUACACUCUACAACACACUACAUUGGAAUCCAAAUACUAGUGGCUUAAGAUUCAGUGAGAGAACAGUAUUUUAAACAAAUGAACAUUUUUGCUGGAAGGUAGUGCCUUGAACAUUUAUUUAUGUAUAUAUUUUCUUUAAAACAAAGCAUUUCUGCAUUGAUUUUAUUUAAAACAGUAGCUUGAGUGCAUUGUUUUUCUUUUGGUUUACAUACGUAUGCCCUUAUUGUACUGCACUAAUAACACAUUAUAUAAACUUAUUUAAAUAACAGAAAUAUGGUUGAACUCUUAUUUACGUUCCACCCCAUUGACAAAUGGAAUGCCAUAGCAGAGAGAUGAUCUGAUGCCUUCAGAUACAAACAACCAAUGUAUGAAUGAAGAGGUUGGGGGGGCAAAGGCAGAAGCCAGCGUCCAAAUCCACUUAAUUCAGGUCAAAUGGUUCAGCUGGGUAAUGCCUCUUUUUCUUUUUUCAAUUGGAGAACCAACUCAUUGGACAGCACAGCAGCUUCCAAUGUUGCAGAGGAAAGCCAGUAUCCAGAGCCAUAUAAUACUGUACAUAAGUCUUUCUACAGUAGAUGCCUCUGGUAGUUUCAUGAAUCAGAAUGUAGCCAAUAAUGUGAAUAUUUUUUCGAGGCUCAAAAGUGCAAUUCAACCCCUUUCCACAAAGCUUUGAUCGUGGCCUUGCCACAAGCCUUACCUUUUGAUUUGUGCAAGAGGAGCAAGCUGAAAGGUUGAACAAAUUUACAAUUCACCAAACCGCAGUCAGAAGCUACCAGAUUAAGUAUCAAUAUUACAAACGUCAUCACAGCUUAAUGUCCUUUCAACUUGCCUAGCACUCAACAUACGCUGUAUGUAGAAUAUUUUGUGCAAUCACCAGUUUAAUCUGAUGUUUUAACUUGUUUGAUGUCUUAAGUUUUUUUCUUUUUUUUAUACUGCUAUUUAUCAAGGUGAUUUUACUGUACAGUUGAGCGUUUCUUUCUCGUUUGAUGGUACACAGGAGAUGCUCAUAAAGCAGUGUUAUAGCCUUGUUAAAGGUCUGCUGUGUUUUUUUGGGUUUUUUUCUUUUGAUGGCGGCCUACUUAAUUUUUUGUCUUCUGCAUUUAUUUUUAGUGAUAUAAUGCAACAUUAAACUGAAACUUGAUGUCAAAGAUUUGCACAACAUAUGGUCUCCUUGUAUCCUUCUAUGUAAGGAGUUCCUACACUGUAUAUAUUUAGUGGGGUUUGAUCACUGAUUAGCAUGGCCAAUAUUUCAUCUUUUCACAAAACAUAGAAACAGUACAAAUAUAAGGUUAGAAAUUUGACAUCUGCACAACCCCAGUCCUGCCAAAGCUGUGAAUUGUAAAGUUUUUUUCUUGUAGCUUGUAUUUGUACAUUUCAUUUUGACUCUUAAAAGUGGCACAGGGCGAGGGGGUUGCUUUGAUGUAUAUUACUCCAUCAAUUCGGUUUGAAUUGGACUUUUGUAGGAUAUUAUGCAGAGUCGUCUGCUUUGGUGAAAUACUUCCAAUAGUAAGAGAUUUCUGUUCUCUGUCACUUGUAUCUUGGAUGUUCUACUUUUCCUAGCUGCUAACUCGUGGAGAGCAUGGGAGGAGGUAACCAAUACUGGUGUAUAUUUCGAAGCAGUGAUCAAUUGGGGUAGUUGAACAUGCACAGAAGAGAUGGAGCAUCUUGACACUUCUUCCUCUGCACAUCUCUCUUUUGUCUGGAAAUAACUGCCCCUCAGGAUUAUGCUCCAGUUGUGACUGGACUGUAUUUGAACUGUGAGAUUGCUUUGCCUGCUGUAUGUCCCAUUGCAUUACCCCACCCUGUCCUGAUGCACUCUUAUCACAGACUGUAUGUUGAGAGAGAAAUAAAUAUUUUGUGCUUGA